CGCGGGGCCGGGGCUGAGCCGAGGAGGAGGAGGGAAGGAGGCAGAGAAGGAAGGAAGGAAGGAGGAGCUGUCGCUGUCGCUGUCACUGUCGCUGUCCCGUCCCGGCGGAGCGAUGCUGGCGGCAGCGGCGCUGUGCGCGGCCGCGCUGGGCUGCGCGGCGGGGGCGCGGCUGCUCAGCGCAGCAGUGGACAUUUCCCUCAGAAGAGGGCAGACGGUUUGCAGGCGUGGGACGCAGAAACCCUGCUACAAAAUCGUUUAUUUCCACGAUGCCUCCCGCAGGACCAGCUACGAGGAAGCUCACCUGGCCUGCAGGGCUGACGGGGGACACUUGGUCAGCAUCGAGAGCCCGGCGGAGCAGAGACUGAUUGAAUCCUUGAUCAGGAGCCUCCUGGCCUCAGAUGGAGACUUCUGGAUAGGGCUCAGGAGGAGGAAGGAGGAGGGGGACAACAGCACUGAGUGUCACAGCUUCUACUCCUGGUCAGAUGGGAGCUCAUCCAAAUUUCGGAACUGGUACGUGGACGAGCCGUCGUGCGGGGCCGAGGUGUGCGUGGUGCUCUACCACCAACCCUCUGCCCCGCCCGGGGUGGGGGGCCCCUACAUGUUCCAGUGGAACGAUGACAGAUGCACCAUGAAAAACAACUUCAUCUGCAAAUAUUCCCUGGAGAAGCCAACAAGAGCUCCAAUAGACAAUUCCCGAAGAGCUGUGGCAACAGAGCCCUGGAAGCCAAAAUUCGCAGAGGAACGCUGGAGGAAAGGUGCCAAUGGAACAGCUGGGAGAGCCAAAGAACCUGUUCAGGGCCUUGCCUUCAUCCUUAUUUCCAGCGUUCCUGUGCUGCUUCUCCUGCUGGCCAUCACAGGCAUCUCCUGCUUUUGGCUGCUCAUGAAGAGGAGACAGGAGCUGCUGGAUGUGGCCCCGAAGGGUGACAGGACGUGGCUGCCCCAGCCCGGCAGGGACAGCCCCAGGCUGGACAUCUCCAGGGUGAUCCACAAGCAGUCUGAAGCUGACCUGGCUGGGGCCAGGCCUGGCACAAAGAAUUCCUCCUUCCGUGCCCAGGAGGGGCUGCAGAGCCCCUGCAGGGACCCCCAGGACACCUCCAGCAGGGGCUGGGUGACGCUGGCCAGCACGGAGAGCGGCUUUGUCACCAACGACAUCUACGAGCUCUGCGGGGACCGUGUGGGCAGGAGCAAGGAGUCCACCUGGGUGGACAAUGAGAUUUAUGGAUAUUGAGGGAAUGGACCCAAAAAAAACCCACUGGAAUUUGGAUUUUGGGUGUCAACGUGACUUUUCUUGCCCUCUCUAUGCACUUGUUCAAUAACGCAGUAUUGCUAUAGGACACAAAAUAAAACAACAUGUGGUGGUGUUCGCAGGAGUCCCAGGACAAGGGAAGAGAUGAAAAUCUUGACUCCAUGUUUCAG